AUGUUUGUUUCGAGCGCAGCUUGCUCGUCUUCAAACUUCCUCAAUUUUGAUGAAAUCACAAAUGAAGCAAAUUCUGAAGGGAGUUAUGCAACACAAACUGUGAACGACUUGCACGCUUUAAGUUGCUCACCGAACAUAAUUCUAGAUAAAACUGGACCGAAUUACUCUUUUGGAUUGGAAAGUCAUUAUGGUAGCAAUGAAGAUCGGAUUGAAUUAGCUAAUCUUCUGUGCAGCUGGAAUUUGGGACAACUAUACGAUUUAUUCGUGCAGCAACAAUUGUUUAUAGGCAUCCUAAAGCACUUAUCAAAAACAAUGGCUGAAAAUCUUUUUGUAAACACUGGUGGUCGAGUGGAGUUUUUUUUUAUCAAUGGUCGCAAUGGAUCAAAUCCUUUGAAAAGUCCACUACAUCCCCAUUUUUGGCGAACGAACAUCUUCAGUGCGAUAAAUCUACCCAAUCAAGUGAAGGGCGGGGAAACAAUUUUGGUGUUAUUUCACAAAGUUCAAAGGAUAUCAACAGUCAAGUUCUGGUGGCAAAGACAUCAAUCAAUUUGAUUGAUAUUAAUAAUUCAAAUUCUUACGGAAAAAGCAUGGUUGAAACAUACAAAAAAGAGAAGGUCAUGGAUGAUAACUUACGCAAGCUAUUAGUUGAAUCGGUUUUACAAUAUUGUAUUAUGAACAGCCACGAUCUUUCCGUUACUGAUUGCGCUUCUAUUUCACUUCAAAUUUGCGAAGUAUUCCCUGGCGAGUUGGCGUCAUAUUAUUACCUUGAGCGAAAAAACGCAGCUCCGUUGGGCAAAUUGUACAAAAAAUUCAGGAAUUGGAAAGUAAAUUUCAAUAGAAAGACAAAGACAUCGAACGGUAAUUUGAAAAAACAAAAGCAGAGGUCAUUUUCAAUAGCGGAAGAUGAGGACGAACAUGCAAUAGCUUAUCAGGAAAAAAUCAGUCACUGGCGCGCGUGUUCUGCAACACGUAUGAAUAGCAUACGAAAUGCCGAGAAUAAUCCAAAACAGAUCUUCGAUCUUUGGCCACAAUACAAAUUGCCUGGUGGUUUUCAUUUGAAAUGAGGUCCUUGACAACCUCACUUCUUUUAGCAAUUUGCUCUUGGAUAACGUUUUUCCGAAUCGCAUCAAGGAGUUCAAAGAUGAUGCUAAUAUGUACUACAAAAUAAAGAAAAACAAAGUCAAUCUCUCAAAAGAUUCCAUUUGCCCCAACGCUUUUGUUCUUCUACAGUCACUGCUGCCACGCUCUCGACUCUGUAAGAAACUAGCACAUAAUAAGACUAAUGCAAAAAAAGGCUUUAUUCUAUCAAAGAGUCACUAGACAGUUUUAUGGUUGUUUGCGCAACUGAAACGGAAUAUAAACAAAUGUAUGAUAGCAAAGUCCAGGCAGAAUCGUCUAUUGCCCCCUUCAUAUCAUUAAUUGGAACCCUAGAUGAGCCACAAUCAUUCAUGAUUGACUUUGACAACAUCACUUACAAAGUUUUCAACUUCGAUAAAGCUGUGGAUAUAUGCUUUAAAGCAUACAAUGUUUUUAAUAUGGCCUACGCUGAGCCAUGCGCU